UGUGUUCAAUAUUGUUUUUAGAAUUUUAUAAACGACGCGGAAAAUAUGCUUGCUUCUCCACAAACGCCAGAGGGUCCAGGUGGUAUAUUUUCGGCAGCUACACCCGGUGUAAUAGGUGCUCAAGAAGUUUAUAGAGACCCAAGGACGAAGCGUUUAGCCGAGAAACAAAAGCAACAGCAGAAUUCCCAGAUGGGGGCAGUGCCAGAAAAGCUGAGUUUCAAAGAGAAAAUGAAAAUGUUCGCGAUGGAAACUGGAGAAGAUGGGACGCCGAGGGACAAGGUAAAAAUUUCUAGAGCCCAACGAGAAAUAGACAAUAUAGGCAGCCCCCUCAGUCCAAACAACAACAAUAGAAGCUAAAUCAUAAUUUUCUGUCCACACACAUUUCAGUAGACAAAUCAUUAUUAAAACUGCGCAAUUUCUUCUUGAACGCGUUGCUUAUUUCCUGUCUUAGAUCCUAGAAUAUCAAAGAAUCCGGAUCUCAACAACAAAAUCUAACAAACAAGCAAAAACAAAACAAAAAAGACAUGAUUAGUGUUAAUUAAAAAAAAAAGAAAAAAAACACACACAAUUUAAAAAGUCUUUUUCAUUGUCUCGCAUCGGAGAGACUGUACAUUAUUCUGUACUUUAUUGAAUUAAUUAACUCGUAGAACGAACUAGGGAAUGCCGAUUUGCUAUAUUCCGAGAAAUAAGCAGUCGGCAAUCAAGAUUGUACAUAAAGGUCUGCAGGAUAAAACUGUCAGUUGACAUCGUUGUUUGAUGUUUUUAUGUUUUUACAAUAAGUGUUUUCAAUUUUCGAUAUCACGAAAUUUCCUAAAACUGCGUUUACUGGCAGCUUUCAGAUCUAUUGUAUAAAAAUAGACUUUUAAGUAUACACUUUUUUCAUAAAUAUAAAUAGAAUUUCAAGGAUUCUAAAUUUUAAUUCGGAAGCGACUUUGCGCAGCAUAUUUGAGAAACUCGUUUCCGUUUAUCUUCGCUCUUGAUUUUGAUAAUGGAAUAAAUCAAAUCAAAUCAAUGUUUCUCUCGUGUUUUUCUUUUUUUUUGUCCCCCGGAAGGUUGUUUAAAAAAAUCUAUUUUUUACUCGAGUGAAAUCAAAUGUUUUUGAAGUAUGCUCUGCAAAUUCAGAGGAAUGAAUAAUCAAAUUAUUUGGUCGACUUGACAAUUAGUAAUAUAUUAUGCGUAAUGCGUAUAUUACCGAGUCUAUUGUCAUAGAUUAUUAUGAGAUAUAGGCAGUUGAAAAUGUAGGUUUUAUGCUAGAAUUAUGAUGAAAUAUCACUCUAGGCAGCGCUCCAAAGAGGUCAGUGCCUGCACGAGGAAAUCUUAGCAAUAUUAGUGGGUAAAUGUUGAAAAAUAUUAUUAAUUAUUGCAGAUUUAGCCUAGAGGCAAUAGCAAGUUUCAUUUCAGCAACUCGACAACUGUCGACGCACACCUACAUUCCUGUUUUUAAAUAUUUUUUAAUUCAAUGACGAGAACCAUUUCAAUAUUAAUUCUUUUCUAAGAUUUUUUCAAAACAGCAUUAUUUGAUAAAUUGUAAAAUGAAGAAAAAACGAAGGGGAAUAAUUGCUUUCUUGGUACCAUCGAUUUGCGAUUUUAGAAACUAGAUUGUCUUAUUCUAUAUAUAAUAAAUAAUAUCUAUCGAUAUUCUCAAUAUUGUAUGUGAUAUAAAGUAGGCCUUUGUUCGAAAAUGGAAAAACAAUAGAUUAGCGAAAAUCUCGACUUGCAUGGAAGAUUUGUAGCGAAAUUACGGACAAUUGGAUAUCGUGGGUCUGAAAAGAGAGAGAAAAUUUUCUAUUUAUUUUCCGUUUUCUGAUCCUUGUUUUAUUUUUAAGAGGAUAGUGAUAUUCGAGAGCAGCUUUUGUUAUUAAAUGUUACGAAGCAACUGAAUUUGAUCGAGGCCUGAUUAUUAAAAAAAAAAA